GGAUGUCAGAAACGUCAAAAUAGUUGACUUCAAAACGAAUAUAUUUCGUAAUUCUCGUCAUUCUCGUUUUACAAUAAAACGAAAAUAUACAUUCUUGAAGUGGUUUUAUAAAACAAAGUGCAAUGUCCAGUGUGUUCGCCGUGCACGUAUACCUAAACACCUUUAUUACCCGAUGAGGUCAUAAAAUAAUAUUCGUACUGCAGUUUAGUGCAUUUAAAUACCCCAGUACAUCGAUUUUCAACUAUAUUCGAGCGAUUUUCGAUUAAAAUGACGUCGUCUAAGCCUUGGGACGCAUCUCUAUAUCUACAAAACGCACAGUUUGGACGAAAUCCAAACCCACCCCUUCCUAUAGGGAGAUCAGCCCCAGUUUUGCCCCCCAGGCCUCUAAGUUCAGGAAUAAACUCCUAUAAUACUCCGUAUAGCACGCCUUAUUCUCUAAACAGUUACAACGCACCAUACAGUUCAUAUGGAGGCUUUGGAGCUCCUUACAGGCCUUCUUACAAUAGUUACGGAUCGUAUGGAGGUGGAUUUAAUAACUAUGGCCCCUUUGACUACUCCAGAGACGACCACGAAAGAAGAUUUAUACAAUACGCUGAAGAAAGUUCCCAAAGAACAUUUGCCAGUGUCGAAAGUGUAGUUCGGGCUUUUAACAGUUUUGCCAUGAUGCUAGACAAUACUUUCUUCGCCAUGACCAGCUCGUUCAGAGCUAUACUGGGUGUAGCAGAGAAUUUUGGCCGGUUAAGAACAAUGUUCGGUCAUAUCUGGUAUUCGGUUAACAUAUUCAGAUUUAUUAGUUGGUUGGUGAGGAAGUUUAGGCAGAUGUUAGGUCUGAAAGUAUCAAGAAGCCAGAAUUCUUUGGCCUGGAACGAAGCAGCGAAAGGUAUAGCCGGUUCAGCUUCAGGGGGCUCAGUCCCUGGAUCUAGCUGGCCUACGCUGGCGUUUUUGGGGGUUAUAGUGUCUGCGCCGUACAUUAUUAGUAGAUUUCUGCCAAAAUAUGAGGAUAAACUGAAUCCAGACAACUGGAAAUCGGCAGGAAUCAUGGCCAAGGCCUGUUUCGAUUUCGUGGCCACCUCACCAAACGAACUCACAAUUCACACAAACGACAACCUAAUGCUUGCCCCAGCCUACCUCCAGGAGGAAAUGAAUUUAAAAAACACUGGUUGGGCCUAUGCCAUCCACAACGGCAAAUCCGGCGUUAUACCUCUGAAUUACAUCGUUAUCAGCAAGAAAUCCCCAGCCAAUGACAAAAUUCCCGUUCCUAGUAGAGGUUUGAUGAAAGAGGAAGGUUCAAGUCCGGCUAAAACUCAUACCAAGAGAGUCAGUUUCGGAGAUAUACAGAUUUUCGAUACAGAAGACUGUUCUGUGAGGAACGAGAGGUUACCUCCCGCCGAAGACAGUGUGAGUGUGAGUAAAAAAGAGAAAAAUUUGGUCGACGAAUGUAAUAAGUGAGGUUAGUUUUAAUUUUUUUACGUAUUGGACGGAGGUAUACCGGGUGUUUUGGACACCCUGUAGAUCUCUGGUAUUAGGGUAAGGAAAUUUUAAGUAUAUUAAAAAAAAGGCUGUUAUAAUUACCAUUGGUUUGUCUCUAGAGUAAUAAAAAAAAGGUGGUCCCGACUUUGAGGCUAUUUAUUAAUUAUUACUAUACAGUCUGUCUCUGCAUCGAGUCGGGGAAGAUUUUUUGACAGACGACAUUCUCAAUGGACAGACUAUAUGUUUUUAUUGAGUAAAACGAUUGGGUGUAUUUAUGGAUGAGUUUUUUAUGAACAACUUAGUAGCUUUAGAAAAAAGAUAUGUGCCUUAUUUUUUUUUAAAAAUAUGGUUCCCAUUUUGAAUCUAGAAAUAUUUUUCUUUGAAAUAUAAUCGAUUCUCUCUAUCAUCCUGUAUAUAGAUAUAAAACGAUCUUGUAUUAAUUAGCAGUAAAUACCGUGCGAUCGAAAAAAAAACGGCGUCAAGUUAGCUUGGAAAUGACAUUUCCCAUAAAAUUUACAUAUAAAAUGACACCAAUCUUCAUUUCCAAGCUACCUCUGACGCGUUUUUUUCGAUCGUAUGGUACAAUCACCGUUUAAAAUUAUCUGCAUUUUUUUUCCUCUGAAGUUUUUUAAUAUACAGGGUGAACCAAAAGUUUCAUAUUAAAUAUGCAGGCAAUUUCAGACUUUAUAAUAAUAUUUUCGAAGGUAUACAGGGCAAUUCAAGUGUAUUUUUACGCCUAAGUUGCAGUUUUUUAAAUGGUAUAUGUAUGAAAAUAACAUUUUUAACUUCUAUAGGGUGGCUCAAAAUAGUGUGAGAGGAUCGGGAUGCUUUUUUUAAAUGGAACACCCUGUAUAUUAUUUUUUAUUAGUUGGAGAGUUAAAAAUGAAUGAAAAUUUU